CACAGAAAAUUCAAUAUGGUGCCCGUUGUUGAACGGUUUAUGUCGGAUAUCCGGAUUUUAAAGUAGAAAUAGUAUCAAUAGGUGAAUUAGUUUACCGUAAUUAUGAAAAUUCGAUUGAAGAACGUGUGCCGUAACGAGAAACUCUGAUGGCACAUUGGCGUUUUGUAUAGAAAACUAAAAUUAAUAUUAUUGAGUCAUCCUGUACAUACUCCUUAAGAAGUGGAAUUCGGGCAACAGAAAUCUAGGAAAAUUGAGAAAAAUGGAAAGCGUACAGUUGAACAACGUUACAGAUACAAUCGAAUCAGAAGCUGAACCAAGUAAUAUCGAAGAGGGAUCAGAAAAUUCUGUAACGGAUAUCAUGAAUUUAGAUAUUAAGUCUCGAUUGAGUCUGACAACUAGCGAUACGUACGAAGAACCACGUACAAAUGGAAUGCCUCGACAAGGUCACUUCAACCAGCACGACGAAGCGAAAACAUUGUCUUCAGAAAAUGAUGACAAUAACAUCCAAUACGUUAGCUACACGAGUGAACUACAGAUGCCCGAUAUUAUGCACUUGAUACAAACAGAUCUCAGCGAACCUUAUUCCAUUUACACAUACAGAUACUUCAUUCACAAUUGGCCAAAAUUAUGUUUUCUGGCGAUGCAUGGUGACAAGUGUAUCGGUGCCAUUGUCUGCAAGCUGGAUAUCCACAAAAAGGUGAUAAAACGUGGAUAUAUUGCUAUGUUAGCUGUUGACGUGAAAUAUCGAAAACGGAAAGUCGGAUCGAAUCUGGUAAGGAGAGCGAUACAAGCAAUGAUGGAGGACAAUGCGGACGAGGUGGUUUUGGAAACGGAGAUCACUAAUCGUCCAGCGCUACGUUUAUAUGAGAAUCUGGGCUUCGUACGUGACAAACGAUUAUUUCGGUAUUACUUAAACGGUGUGGAUGCUCUACGAUUAAAAUUGUGGCUCAGAUGAAAUUCGUCUGUAUAUUUGUGUCAAUAAACGUUACGAUGAUUUCAAUGUUGAACAAGGAAAGAUAUGGGACACAGAGAGGGAGAGAGAAGAACAAAGAUCAUUUGUAUUUCAGAGCACCGAGAAAUGUUAAUGCCAGAGAGAUUACGGAUUGUACGCGCACAAAAUACAUUUGCAUUAGAGCUGAUUUAGAAAGUAAAUUUAAUUAAUCAAGUUUUCCUCUAGGCUUUACAUUGUUGAUAUAUUGAACGUGAUCGUCAACCGCUUCGUUGAAAUCUGAUUAUUGAUUCUGUUUGUCGCAGUAAUUGUUACGUAUCCAUUAAAUAUCUUUGGCAUUAACUUGUCGCUCGUAGCUGGAUUACGCGAGGUCAGGCGAUAACAGCAAAGAGAAUAGACUCUUCGAGGUAGUCUGUGUAAAUUGCCGCAGGUUCUCUUGCGCAUUCAUAUGUUUUGCGAUUGUAAUCAUUAAGACGACAAAAUGCACGCGUACACUAUGCAAGUCGACUCGAACAUGAACUCGAAAGUUUCAGGAAGUUGAUUAAAUUUCUCCAAAUGCUAGUACGUACACACGCGUACGCAUAAAUAAACACCAACGGACGUUUAUUGUAUCGGACACUACGUAUUUCGGUUGUGUAAUAACGACGAUAAUCGCACGAGUAAUCGGGUAGGAAAGAAAGCGUACAGAUGCGCGCCCGGACACGCGUAUGGAAAUGAACACGAGUAAAACAAAAGUUACUGUUUGCCAAAUGAAAAUAUUUCGACAAGACUACGUCGCACACGAUUAACUCCAGGGCCGAUUCAUUGCUGUUUACAUAUUGUAUUUACCUUUGUAUAAAAGAAACGCGGGCCACGGGUCCGCGGUGUAACUAUUAAAACGUGUAAAAAUGUUAAUAAAAAUACAGAAAUGUUUCUAGA